AUGAAGCCACCGGAACCUCCUUUUUACCCAAGAAGCCAUUCAAAAACCCAUAAUUUCCAACCAAUUCCCUUCCUCUUCGUCGUCAUCGUUUUUCUUCUUCAAAUCCCAAAGACAAUCUCCUCAAUCGCCGCUCAAAUACCAUUAGAGUACAUCCAACACUGCAAUGACGUCGUCCUGGCAUCAACGGCGGAGCCUAGCGCUCUCUCUUCCAGCCCCUCCUUGUCUCACAGCCUCGACUUCAAAAUUGGGUAUUACUCCGGCGGAGACUUCAUUUUCUUCCAACCGAAUCUCGCCACCGAUGUGCUGAAAUCCGCCACGUUUCAUGCUCGUUUCUCGCAAGACUACCUCGAUAGUAAUAAAUCACGAAUCUAUAAAGUGAAUGGGAAGCUCGUUUUACAAAUUCCCAAAUCACUUGUCAUUUCUUCUUCCGGUGGCGGUGUAUUAAACCCCCACCGUGGAUUGCGGCGGACGUUCCGGAUCAGGGGAACGAAAAUUCCGUCCGUGGUCGAUAGAGAGAUGCGGAGGUUUUCACUUGGCGGGUUUUGGUCGGAAUCGACUGGGAGGCUUUGUAUGAUUGGAUCAGGGAUGAGUAACGGAAAUGCAGGUAAAUUUAGGACCUUAAUUUUGAGUUAUUUUGAGCCUGUUUCCAUAUUGGGUGUGAGGAGCUUUGGGAAUUAUGAGUUUAGUUUGGUUGAUAAUGGAAAGGAAAGUUCAUGUUUAAGUGAAGGAGAGAACUUGGAUGUUAGCAAAGCAAAUGGAGGACUUUGUUCAGUGAUUGUUCACCGUAGGAUUAGGUUUGGAUUGGAAUAUGAGAAGGACUGUGAUCAAGUUAAUUGUAGUUCCAUUAUUAGAGAUGUUAAGGAUGCUCCAAGUAUCAUGUUUUUUCGACAAAUGAAGUGUGUGAAUGAAGGGAAAAUGCUGAUUUUGUUGGAUUUUCGAAACUCGAGUUCUAUCAGUGCUUUUCCCCCUUUUGAUCCCAAUACGACCUUAAUCGCUGAGGGAGCAUGGGAUGAGAAGAAGAAUGGUGUCUUUGGUGUUGCUUGUCGAGUUUCGAAUUUCAGGGAUUCUUUGAAUGGAGCAUCGGUCGGCGAGUGUUCUAUUAAGUUUAGCUUGAGAUACCCCAAGGUUUUUUCACUGAGGAAUAGGGAUUCGAUUGUGGGGAAAAUUUGGAGUGAUAAAAGCAAGGAUGAUCCAAGUUACUUUGAUAUGAUUAGACUCGGGAGUGUUUGGGAAGUAUCACCUGGGUUAAAGAAUGUUCCGGGUUUAAGAUACGAGUAUACAGAGGUUGACAGUGCUCGAAGAACAUUGCUGAAAACAAGGGAAAUACAUACCCUAACGGUGAUUCAAUAG